GUGAAUGAGGGUUAAACAGGUGAAGGUCUCAGUAAAUCUCAUGCAAAUGCAGCGUCUGAAGCUGAUCCACGUUUAUCCGCAGCACAACAAUGAGGAUUUCCUUCUCGUUUCAUACCGCAGAUCUGAUUUCUUGUCGGCUAAAGCCAGAUUACCUGAAUCUGCCGCACAAAACGGGCCUCAGAUUAGCUGCAUGUCUGUAUAGGGGGAUUAUGCAGGACGCGUUCAUAUAUAGCGGAGCCAUGGAGCCGCGCAUUCAGUGCUGAUGGAGAGCCACGUGCAGGACAAGAGGAGCUUCGGCUUCAGCAUCGACAGCAUUUUGAGUCUCAGAGACCAGAAGGAGGAAGAGGAGGAGGCAGAGACGCAUCUUCAUCAUCUUCAUCAUCUUCAUCACGAUCUUCAUCAUCGGGCCACAGAGCUGCAAACACACUCCUGCAGGACCUGCUGCUUAUGCUCACACUGUGGAGAAAUCCUGCAGUCUGACAACGCCUGUGCAGUGGUCUGGGGAAAGCGUGUGUUCUCAGAGGCGUGUCCAAGCGCAGGAUCCCCGGGUCUGACCGGUGUUCAGCGCAGGGUUCGCCGUCACCGCACCAUCUUCACAGAGGAGCAGCUGCAGGCGCUGGAGGAUCUAUUCACACACAACCAGUAUCCAGACAUACACACACGCGAACAACUGGCCCUCAAAACACAGCUGCGCGAGGAGAGAGUCGAGGUGUGGUUCAAAAACCGAAGGGCCAAAUGGAGGCGUCAAAAGCGUCUUCCCUUCAGUCUUCGAGGAGCGGACGAGUGGAGGAGCGUCAUGCACAGCGACUGAUGAAGAAUCCUGCAGGAGAAACACUGAAGAUCAUCUGCUUGUCUGAAGACGAUGCUCUUCUUCAUGCUUUAUUCAUUCUCAUCGGUCAUCCUGCUCAUGUGUGAGAACUUUCGGCUCAACACAGGCAUCAUCGGAUGAAGAUUGUGUCUUCUAUAUAAGUCAUGAUGAAUUAAUGAUCAUUAAGACUAUAAACAAUGACAUCACAACAGAUUUAUGCAAUAUUCAUUUGAUUUAAAAUCAUGGAUAAAACUUUCACACUGAGUGCCAGUCCAUGCUCAUUCAAUGCCAGAUGUAUUUAUGAGUUGCAAUGCAGAUGUAGUGUACUAAAAAUGAUUCAUCAAAAGAGUCAGUUAAAGAGCAAAGAUUAAACCCGUGCUGCUAAAUGAAUCAGUCAAAAGAGUCAGUGACUCACUCAUGAAGAAUGAACAAACACUAUGGAAUACACAAGACGUGUCAUUAGUAUUGUUUUGAAUGGGGAAAAGAGUAACGCUUAAUAUGGCAACUCAAGCCCCGCCUUCUAGUACAAAAAGCCAAUCAUAGAUCGCUAAUAGACUUAACAAUUCUUCUGGGGGAGGGGCUUAGAUCAGACGUGAGUUACUACAGAUUCUGAAUGAUUCAAAUGUUUAGAAAUGAAACUAAAGACACAGAUGUUGUUUAAUUUUUUUCGAUAAUUUGAUGUUUCCUCAUUCAAACAGAAUGCCCGAGCAUACUGCCGAUUGAAAUGACCUGACCUAAAGGGAGUUUGGAAAG